AUGGCGCCCUCGCAGCUGAAGCAGUUAAAGGCGUCCCUGCGCGAGAAGGGCGUCGUUGGCCCGCAGCAGUCCAAGAAGCAGAAGCAGAAAAAUUCAAAAUCUGGCGCUGCGACCGAGAAUCGCAUAAAACGAAAUGCUGCCCUCCAAGCGAUACGAGAACAAUUCAAUCCUUUCGAGAUCAGGGCUCCUGUUCGGCCGUCUAAAUUUGCCGUCACGACCGCAAGACCAGAGAAAAGCUCGGCCCAUCGACCCGGCGUUACGAGGGGGCUAGGCGAAGAGAGGAGAAAAGAAACCCUACUUAAAGAGCUUCAAAGCCGGAAUAAGGUCGGCGGCCUCCUUGAUCGCCGGUUUGGUGAAAAUGAUCCGUCCAUGACACCUGAGCAACGAGCUGCCGAACGCUAUGCAAGAGAAAGCCAAAAGCGGGCUAAAAAGGAAGGACUAUUCAACCUUGAGGAUGACGAUGAAGGCGAAAUGCAACUCACCCACAUGGGACAAUCGCUCUUCGAUCUGGACACGAGAAAGGACGACUUCAACGAGGAGCUUAGCGUCACGGAAGACGAAAGUGACUUUGAAAAGGGCAGAAAGAGAAAGCGGAUGGCGGAGGAAGUUGAUGACAUGGACGGGAUGGCAGACGAGGAUGAAGAUGAGGAGGAUCAGCCCGAGCGGAAGAAGACCAAGAAUGAAGUCAUGAAGGAGGUUAUUGCAAAAUCGAAACAGUACAAAUAUGAACGCCAAAAAUCCAAGGAAGAUGAUAAUGAGCUUCGUGCUGUCUUGGAUCAAGGUCUACCCGAUGUAUUUGCUAUGAUGAGGGGAACGAAAGCGGCGGAACCCAAACCUGCGCCAGCACCGGUUCCAGCACCGCCUCAAAUGAACCCUGACCGUGCGGCCCUACUUGAUGGAAAGGAUAGAGAUGCGGCAGAUCGCGAGUAUGAUCAACGGCUAAGACAGAUGGCAUUUGACAAGCGCUCCAAGCCUUCGGAAAGAACUAAGACAGAGGAAGAGAAAAUCGAGGAGGAAGCAAAACGACUGCAAGAGUUAGAGAAUGAAAGACUGAGGCGCAUGAGGGGAGAAGAGGAAAGUGACGAGGAGCAGGUAGACGAUGCGGCCGAGGAGGAGUUGCAGGAAUACUCUGAGCCGGACGAUGCCAAACCAUUUGGACUUGCCCACACCGAUACUGACACGGGUUUGUUUGGCGUUGAGGAUGAGGAUGACUUCAUACUCGAUGAUGACCUUAUUGAGACCGAUUCAGCUGCUGAUGUUUCUGUUGCUGAGAGCGAUAUUGAGUCUGAAGAGGAGGAGGACGAUGCGGAUGACACCGAAUUCAUUGGAGGCCUCGAGCUCCCCAAAGACAAACCGUCGGCAGCCAGUGGGGGUAUAUCAAAGGCACAGGAAGAUCCCUCUUUGGCAUACACUUAUCCUUGCCCCGAAACUCAUGACCAGUUUCUACAAAUUUUGAAAGACGUCGACGUUGAGAACUCGCCGGUGGUUGUUCAAAGGAUAAGAGCUCUACAUCACCCCAGACUCCACCCCGAUAACAAGGCAAAGCUAGGAGAGUUUUCGAAAAUUCUCGUGGACCACACAGUAUAUCUUGCGAACCAGCCGACCAGACCGUCCUUUACGAUUCUAGAAAGCUUACUACGACAUAUUCACUCCCUAUCCAAAACUUAUCCAGAGGAAGUUGCUACUAGAUUCAGGUCACGCCUCCGUGAUAUUGCUGAGAAUAGGCCCCUGGAAUUACUACCUGGAGACCUCAUUUUGCUCACCGGGGUUGCAACAAUAUUUCCUACUUCUGAUCAUUUCCACGCUGUCGUCACUCCAUCUAUUCUCACCAUGGGCCGCUACCUAGGUCAAGGUCCUGUCAAUUCUCUUAGGGAUAUUGCCACUGGAGCAUACAUUGCUAGUCUAUGCCUCCAAUACCAAACAUUUGCUAAACGAUAUGUUCCUGAGUUCAUGAACUUCGUGCUAAAUUCCCUUUCCCUCCUCGGACCAAAGGAAAGCAAAACCAAUCCUGGCUUUUUUCCAAUUCGACAUCCGGAGGAAUCCAUUCGAUUAGAAUUGGGUAAACGCACCCCUAAAGACCUUCAGAAACUCCGCUUUUGGGACAUUUUCACAACAUCUGCAGAUCUAGAACAUGCCGAUGCUGAGAAUCUCAAAUUAUCCCUUAUAAGCUUGCUUGUUUCCCUUGUUGAUAAUGCCGUCGAGCUAUGGGGCACCAAGCUGUCUGUCCCUGAGAUCUUUGGUCCGACUCACGCAGUUCUACAGCACUUGGCUGAAUCGUGUCCAAAGGGUACCCUCCCUUCUGCACUAUCAGUCCAUAUCCGCCAAUCUCUUAAAACGCUCAAGACCCUUGUCGCAAACGCCAAAAAUGCCAGAAGACCACUACUCCUACACAACCAUCGCCCAUUAGCAAUCAAAUCAAGCAUUCCCAAAUUUGAGGAGUCCUUCAACCCAGACCGAUACUACGACCCUGAUCGCGAGCGUGCCGAGCUUAGUAAACUUAAGGCUGAGCAUAAACGCGAAAGGAAGGGCGCUAUGCGCGAAUUACGCAAGGAUUCUAACUUUAUUGCUCGUGAAAGCUUGCGUGAAAAGAAAGAGAAGGAUGCGGAGUAUGAGAAGAAAUAUCGUCGUCUUAUUGCGGAGAUACAGGGAGAAGAGGGCCGGGAGUCAAAACUGUAUGAGAAGGAGAAGAAGGCAAGGAAACAAUCGCGGAAAUAA